GUCAGAAUCUGAAUCAAUGUAUGUUCCGUGUGCGUGCGAGUACGUGUGGCAGUGUGUGUGUGCGUGCGAGUACGUGUGGCUGUGUGUGUGAGUGUGAGCGGACGUGCAGUAACAGAACCAGAAUCAGAAUCAAGGUCAGAAUCUGAAUUAAUAUAUUGGCCAAGUAUGUACACAUACCAGGAAUUUGACCUGGUGCUGUGCGCGCACAUGGUAAAAACACACUAUAUUACAGAAUUUUAAAAAAACACAUUAUAAUUAAAAAAUGUAAAAACAAAAGUGCAAGAGUAAAAAGGGGCAGCUUUGCUAUAUAUUGCACAUGUAGAUAUCUAAAGUUCACUUGGAGAGUUCACAAGUGUUUAUCUACCAGACCAGAAUGUAGUGGAGUCCAGCGGCUAUUAAGUAGAGCUACCGCUUGUGGGAAGAAGCUGUUUUUGCGCCUGAGUGUGAGGGGUUUGAAUAGAAAGCAAUGGAUUCAUAAUCUUGUGCGCGUCUUUUUGAGAUGGGUACAUGUUAAUACCGCGAAGAGUGGGCAAUGCCGUGGGCAAGUGCGUGGUGUGUACACUAUAACACUUACCUUCAUAUGUGUGGGAGGUGAAUGUGUGGUGUAACAGCAACAAACGGAUACAGUGCAUAGAUAGAACAAUGUGCAUGGGGCGGUGCAACAUGUGUUUAGUAAGACGCUGCAUGCUCACUGUACCCAUUAUAACUGAGUGUAUGUGUUAACUCUACUCAGUAAUGUUAUGUGUGAAAUGUUCACUGCGUUACUGGCAACACAAAAAUACCAGCCAUGUGUGCGAAUAUAGCUGUCCCUGUACUUGUAAUGUGGAAAAGACGCGAAUUCCUUGUUCUCUGCAAGUUCAUUCUCAUAUGGGGUUUUUUUCUUAUAUAAGCGGGAAUUGAAAGUCAGUCGGGCUUCCAAACCCUCCCUUCCCUCCACACCCCGGCUAAACUAAAACAAAAGACUGCCACAAAAGUGCUGGAGUAACUCAGCGGAACAGGCAGAAGGGUCUCGACCCGAAAUAUCACCCGAAAACAUUCCUUCUCUCCGGAGACGCUGCCCGUCCCCCCGCCGAGUUACUCCAGCCUAUCUUCGGUGUAAACCGGCAUCUGCGGUUCCUUAACAACGCAAACAUUAAAACAAAAGCGGCCAGGGAGUGGCGGCUCUUUCUUUAUUUCGCCGAGGACUAACGGGACCGGUUGGUUCCCCGCCGGCCGCUCGGCCUGGGUGGAUAGCUCACUGCCCCACCACGCUUUAUGUAGAAAAAGUUACCCCUCAGAUUCCUAUUGAAUUUUCCCCCCUUCACCUUGAACCCAUGUCAUCUGGUCCUCGAAUACCCUACUUUGGACAAGAGAUUCCGUGCAUCUAAGACAUGUCGUUGGCUUCUAGUCUCUUUUAGAGUUGGCUGCGGUGUCCAAGGCUGGGCGGCUCCCUCGGUUUACAGGGCGCUGGGUGGUCGGGCAACUAGCCUUUCGCACAAGUGCUGUUGCGGGGACUGAACCCUCUCGUUAUUUUCGCAGCUGAGUGUAUUGGCGAGAGACGACGGAACGGUUUGAGUGGCUUGCGCCGUCACCACUUGGAGCGAUUCCCCACCUCUCUCUCUCACUCACUCAGCCUCUGUCUCUCUCAGUCUCUGUCUUACACCCAUCCUGUGAACACUUCCAACCCUGCUCCAUUACACUGGAGGAGUUACGCCAAUCUCCCUUCGUCCCCCCCUGUGAGAAUACACUUAAUUGACAACCUCCGCCACCCCGGAGUCAAUUCAUAUCCAUUUCUGAGCGCGAGUCAGGAGACGAGAGAGCAUCGGGGUGAGAGUGCUGUCAACCUAUCUGAGAGAGGCUCGUUGUGUGCCGCUGGUGCUGCCGCUGCCGCUGCCGCUACGGUGUGAAGAUCGCUUGUUGUCAGUGGGUGGAACCACUCUCUCCCCCGCUCCCCCCCCUCUCUCUCUCUCUCUCUCCCUCUCUCGCUUUCUCCGUGGAGUCUGUGGAAAGCUUUUAUUGGCUCGGGAUUUUUUUAGGAAAUGGCAACACCAGACAUUGGAACAGGAACCGUGUUAUCCGUGAGCAGCGGGAGGAAAUCGGAGUUAAACGAUUAGAAUGCAAGUCGCUCAGAUCUCCCAAAGUCACCAAUUCCGUUAAGAGCAGGACUCGCAGCCCGUUUUAUUUUAUUUUUUUACGUGUGUGUGUGUGUGUGCUCGCUAUCCCUCCUCAGUCUGCACGCCACGCUGGUUUUUUGGUACAAUCUCCGAGUGUCAUGAAGAAACACCUGGCUUUUCUACUGCAUGGCUUUUCUACUGCACUGCAUAUACUGGCUGCAGCCAUCGGCCUGUCCGAGGUACACAAGAAUGAUCGGUGUGGGGGUGCUGUACAAAUCACCACCCCGGAUUACUUUCAAUCUCCUGGAUACCCACACAAUUACUACCCGCGGCAGAGCUGCACCUGGGUCAUACAAGCGCCCGAAGCAUAUCAGAGAAUACUGAUUAAUUUCAACCCUCAUUUUGAUCUGGAAGACAGAGAUUGCAAGUACGAUUAUGUGGAGGUACGUGAUGGUGGGGACAAGAAGGCAGCGUUGCUGGGGAAAUUCUGCGGGAAAAUAGCGCCUGCACCACAGAUCUCCACGGGACCUCUGCUUUUCGUAAAGUUUGUGUCCGACUAUGAAACGCAUGGAGCUGGCUUCUCCAUUCGCUACGAAAUUUUCAAAACAGGUCCAGAAUGUUCCAGAAAUUUCACUGAACAAAGCGGAGAGAUCAAGUCACCUAGAUUUCCCGAAAAGUAUCCAAAUAACCUGGAAUGCACCUAUAUAAUCUUUGCACCUGCCCUGGCAGAGAUCCAGCUGGAGUUUGAAAGUUUUGACCUGGAAUCGGAUAGCAAUCGAGAAGGAAUGUUAUGUCGCUUCGAUAGACUGGAAAUCUGGGAUGGUUUACCAGGAGUUGGAAUUCAUAUCGGACGCUUCUGUGGCCAGGUCGCUCCAGACCGCAUCCACCCCGUCACGGGUAUCCUGUCAUUAACGCUGCACACAGACACAGCGAUCGCCAGGGAUGGCUUCUCUGCAAACUACUCCGUUGUCCAGAAGAAUUUCUCAGAGAAUAUUCAAUGCAACGAAUCGCUCGGCUUGGAAUCAGGCAAGAUUCACGCUGAUCAAAUUUUGAGCUCGAGCAAUUACAAUUUAUACUGGUCCUCGGAAAGAUCAAGACUGAAUUACCCGGAAAACGCCUGGACACCGUCACAAGACACCAACAAAGAAUGGAUACAGGUAGACCUGGGGUUCCUGCAGUACGUCUCUGCGAUAGCAACACAAGGUGCUGUCUCCCAAGAAACCCGGCGGAUGUAUUACAUUCUGACCUACAAGGUUGAUGUGAGUUCUAAUGGUGAAGACUGGAUCACAGUGAAAGAAAAGAAUAAGCAAAAGGUAUUUCAAGGCAACAGCAGCCCCAAUGAUACAGUCGUAAGGCAGUUUCCUCAGAAAAUCCUGACACGAUAUUUGCGGAUAAGACCACAGACGUGGGAGAAUGGCAUUGCACUUCGCCUUGAAAUAUAUGGAUGCAAGAUCGCAGAUUACCCCUGUUCUGGAAUGCUAGGAAUGGUAUCUGGACUCAUCACUGAUAACCAGAUCACAGCCUCGUCAUCCAUGGACCGAUAUUGGGGUCCCGAACAUGCCCGCCUUCUCACCAGUCGCCAAGGUUGGGCGCUGCAGCCAGUCCACCGGCCAUACAAUAACGAGUGGAUUCAGAUAGACCUGGGAAUGGAGAAGGAGGUGCGGAGCCUGGUCAUCCAAGGUGUGAAGCAGAGGGAUAAUAAAGUCUACAUGAGGAAGUUCAAACUCGGGUACAGCACAAACGGAUCGGACUGGAAGUUGGUAACAAGUCCUGGCAGCCCGAAGCCCAAGAUAUUUGAAGGAAAUACAAACUAUGAUACACCAGAAGUUCGGAAAUUUGAACCACUUUUGACAAGGUACAUCCGUGUCUACCCCGAACGGGCAUCUCCUGCUGGAUUGGGACUACGGAUGGAAUUACUGGGAUGUGACAUUGAAGUGCCAACGGCGGCUCCAACAGUGGAAACAGACGAGUGUGAUGAAGACUUUGGAAACUGCCACAGUGGAACAGGUGAUGGCUUCGACUUUACAGGCAGCAGUACUGCAGUAGGAACAGAGGAACCAACAUUACCUGAAUCAUCACAGUACCCAGACCAUCUCAUUCCCAUCAAUGAGGUGCCCGGUUUCAACUGCAAGUUCGGGGGCACCACCCAGGAGAGCUUCUGCGACUGGCACCACGAUGAAUCCGCAGGCUUUAGAUGGGAAGUCCACGUGGGAAACGAAGAAUCCGCCGUCGCUGAGCCGGAAGGAAAUCACACGAUGGGAAAAGACCAUUUUAUCUAUACUGAAAAAAUUGGAGAAAAGGAAGAGCAAGUAGCUCGACUAUGGAGCCCUUCGUUACCACUUGCGAGUUACGGCCAUUGUCUGGUCUUUUGGUACCAAAUCCGCGGAACUCGUGGCAGCAGUUUCAACGUGAUCCAAAGAAAGCUGACAGGUGGCUUCCCUAUAAAUGUCCUGUGGUCCAUGGGUGGACCUCAAGGAAGCCACUGGCAGGAAGGAAGAGUGCUCCUCCCACGAUCCUCACACGUCUAUCAGGUGGGCUUGGAAGUAAUAGUUGGGAAAGGGAAGCACGGAGAAGUGGCUGUGCACAAUGUGGAGGUCGUCAGCAACCGGAAUGCAAAGGAAUGCAGGGCUCCCAGUGAUGCCUUUCCCGAUUCAGAUGGUUUUACAUCAGUUUUUCCCACUGCGGGGGACCCUGAGGAUUCCACUGACAAAGCCUUCUAUGAGAACGCUGGAGGUUCUGGAAACAUGCUGAAGACUCUUGACCCCAUUCUGAUCACCAUCAUAACCAUGAGCGCUCUGGGUGUCAUUCUGGGGGGCAUCUGUGGGAUUGUUCUCUACUGUGCCUGCUGGCACAGUGCACUGGCGGACAGGAACCUCUCCGCGCUCGAGAGCUACAAUUUUGAACUUGUGGACGGUGUGAAACUGAAAAAAGAGAAACUGAACUCACAGAACUCCUACUCGGAGGCGUGAGAGAGAAGCACUCGGAUGGGGUUUAAAUGGCGGAAGGUGGAUCGCGUGAAACCGUGGAAGAUUUCUUUUGUAGUAUAUGUUUGUCUUUGGAGAGACGGGAAGAGCUCUGGAUAAUGCUGGUCUGUGACUGAGCCAAGCUUUUCUCAGGAGCAACAGAGUGUAAACAGUCUGCUUUUUAAUUUUUAAAUUAAAGUUUUAAAUGAACAAAAUGCUGGUGUUGAGACCAAGUGAGAUCAUUUUACAAGUAUUUAUCAUUUUCUGUAAAGAGUUAUAAAUUUGUAUCAUUCUAUUUGUAUAAUGACUUAGCUUCACAGAAUAUGUUUCCAAAGGGCUUUAAAUACCUAUGUUUUUGUAUAUUAGUCCAGAUUUUAUACUUUGAGUAUGCAGUAUUUUGAUUUUUGUCCAGUUUUGAAAAAAACAAUUAGCAUUAAGCCUGACAGGACACUGAGGGCGGGGUCAUAUCCUUUGUAACGAGGGUAAGUACUAUGACUUGUUAACAUGCUACACAGCAAAGAUCCUACAGCGAGCAAGAUAGCCCACUCGACGAAAAAGACGUAGUACGGUCAUGGGCAGAUUCGCGGGUAAUUUUCGUCCCCAUUUCCGUAACCGGCUUCCGUCUCCACACCAAAGAUCCCAUAGCGGAGCAAAGAUAACUAGUGUGGAGACGGAAGCCGGUUACGGAAACAUCCUCGUAAAAAUAAAAGUUAUUUGGUAAAAAUCUUCUCAUUUUCAGAAUUAUAAUUUAUUAACACAAACUGUUCCCCAGCAACGUUGAUUACACUGCGAGUCGGGUCGGGUCGGGUCGUGUUACUGAAAUGGAUGAAAAAAAGGCCCACGUUCCACUCCGUUGUGCACUACACGUCAGCCCAUUGGAUUUAGCAGGAGUGGUCUAUCUUGCUCCACUAUAGGAUCUUUGCUACACCGGGCCAACUGCCUGUACGCUGAUAACAUUGUGAUUGGCUCCAGAUGAACAGGUCUGGAUUAACAAUUGCUUGCACUGAAACAUGCGCUACAAGGUUGAUUUUCCUUUUGUUCUCCUUUAGACGAGUGUGCUGUAGGAACAAUGCUGGAGAGAUAUGAUUUCAUUUCUGGUUAUCGGUUUAUAAGUAAAGAAAAGAGAAAAAAAAGUUAUCGAAAAAAAAAAAAUGACAGAUAUCUAUAGCGAUACAGUUGAUCAACAUGUUUCUUGUAUUGUUUCAUGUUUUGUAUUGCUGUGAGGGUUCCUCUUCUGAAUUGUUUUCCUAAACUUUUUUAAUGGCAUUAUUGCUUGUGUAAUGUGUUGCUUUAAAAACGAAUAGAAAAAAAAGCCUUAACUCAAAAUGUUUUGACACACAGAAAGCCUAGACAAUUCAUACUGUUGUGUUAUUAUCUUGUAUUCAAAUCUAUGACUACUGCCUUCCAAAGAUCUAAUUAAAUUGAAACUUUUCCUACAGUACUUUUUUUGUGCAUUCUUAAGAUGGAACCUAAAAAAGUACAAGACGACCCUUGAGCCGCAGUGUCCUAUAAUUCCCUGCGCCAACCAUCCAGGCUGAAUCAAAAAACCACAACAGCCUUGAGCAAUUCCUGUUUAUUUUUGCUUUUCCUGCUCAGAGAGCAGGGUCGGGGUUUGUGGUGUUUGACAGUGGCUCUUGAGCUGUUUCAUUGAAAUAAAUGAGCAAUAGAAACACUAGCUGGUUCGAUCAUUCAUCAGCAGCAAAACUGCUGUGAUCCCCACAAAUCAGUACUUAAACCCGUUAAAUACGGGAACAACGAAUUAGCCAGUGAAUCUCAAAAUAACUUGGGCCACAGUAUUUUUUUUCUCGAAACCAAUAAUUAUAGAACACUGCAGGCUUUGAUGAAUGACUGACUAUCUGUUUGUCUAGUGUCUAUGCGGACAACAUUCCUGUAGUAAUAAUUCGGAUUCAUGUAAUCUAACAGUGAAAAUUUCUGGUUCAUAUUUGUGGAAAGGUUAUAGCAUUAUAAACUGUGUGUGCUCUCAUCUCAUCUCAUUAGAUGAACUGCAAGAGUCAGACUGAGAUAUAUGGUGUAAAUUAGAAGAGGUGUAGGGAGGAGAGAAAGGUAUUAUUUAUUAUUUGCAAAUCAAGGCAGUAUUAAAAUAGCAUUCUGGAAGAAUCAUAAUAGGGUCCCAUUAGUGUUCUCCUUCAUUCCAUCUGCAUAUGGACCAUGGAAGACCAGCAAAUUCAUACGUCCAUCCUACCACUAAUGGCUUACGUGACUGAUGAAUGUUGAGGGAGCUGAGAUCAAUAUUGUUCUCUCUCUCUCCCAUCACCUCCCCUCCCCCUGUGCCCCCUCGUCAUCCUAAUACCACGACUACCACUUUGCAGUGAGUGAGAGAGAAACAAAGAAAUGCAUUAGGAGGCAGACUGUCCGGUCUCAAUAAUGUAAAUCGAGGGGGAUUCUCCCCUCCACCACCACUGGGAAAGUGCUUGACCUCAAUUUUACAAUUCUCUACAAACUGAAAGAAAGUUUAUGGCGAAUCGUAGAAGAGGCUUCUGUCCUAUGAGUUUGUGGUGAAAAACUGAUCGUUGAGCCAAACCCUACUUGAGUUGAUUGUCUUCAGUAGAGAGCUACCAGGAUACAUUCUUGAUUACUACGGGUGACAGGGAUUAUGGGGAGAAGGCAGGAGAAUGGGGUUAGGUGGGAGAGAUAGAUCAGCCAUGAUUGAAUGGCAGAGUAGGCAUGAUGGGCCGAGUGGCCUAAUUCUGCUCCUAUCACUUAUGACCUUAUGGCAUUGGGUUAAUGGGAAAUACCACUAUGAGUGGAAAGAAAAUGGCUCCCAGGAUUUCCAUUGAUUUUGCAGAUAUCUGAGGUCUGAUUGUGUUCUAUUUGUAAUGACAACUUCAACAUGAUGAGAGAAUAAAUUCUGAUGCUAUAUGGAAUUCUCUGGAUUGCAAGAUAAAUACUUAAGAGUCAGUUAACACUUGAUGGAAAUGUCAAACCAGAACCCUUCUCUAUCAUAAUAUGAUGUUCUGACAUUGAGUUUGGAGAGGUAAUGUGAGAAAAUAGUGAAAAUGCUCUCACACUCAUCACCUUUCCUACUCGGUUUUGAAUAAAAAUGUCUGGGAAGUUUCAGUGGAAAUUGUGAAGACUCCUGAGAAAGUUUGGAUGUAAAACUUUGAAACUAUCUUUGAAAAAAAAAUAGUGGAGUGUUCCUUCUUUCUUUGUAAUUUUCAUAUUUGUUUGUACUUUAUCAAAGGAAGAUCUGCUAUAUGUAUAUAUUUCUAUGCUGUGCAUUAAACAGAAGGGUUUUCACAA